AUGGGUCGACUGCGGCCAACGGCAACCUCUCCUGCAGUGGUAGAACUCACACUGACGAAAAGAAGGACUGCAAGGGGAGUGAGGUCACGGCUUGUCGAGGUGCAGAAUAGCGGGUUGCAGACUCCGCCGGCUACACCCCAUCGAACCGCUCGGUCGACAACAAGACAGUCCAGCUGGACGCCACCAACCGAUGAUGUUGCCAACACGACUUUCUGCGAGUUCCCCACAGUUCGACAGAGUGCCCCGCAGACACAACCUGAGAUGCUUAGAGAGUGGAUUCCCCUCCAGCACAACUAUCUGCGAUCGUUGUACGCCCACUACAAGCCUCCCGCGCUCAGUGCCGAGGGGAGCUAUAUGUGCUCGAGCUGCAACAGUGGCGGCGGGGUAUGGAAGUGCAUGUCGUGCAUUGGUUAUCCAAUCUUCUGCCCGACCUGCUGUCUCGCCGAGCACCGGCGAACACCAUUCCACCGGGUUGAGCAGUGGAACCUCGGAGGAUACUGGGAGCCCUCAUGGCUCCGUCAAGUUGGAGUUUCAAUCACUCUCGGCCACCGGGGCAGAGAAUGCCCCCAGCCGGCGGUUGUCGUGGAGGAUGACGAGGAAGUGGAGAUGGACCGGGCGACCGAUCGCGCGGCCGACGAUGAUGGCGAUGUACCAGCGGACCCUCUUCACCACGCCGACUCACCUCCGCGACCCCCGCCCGCAAUGAUGACUAUUGUUGACACCACCGGGGUGCAUUUCCUCCCGGUGACGUGGUGCGGCUGUCCCGACGCCGGUGACCACACAUCGCAGCUUCUCGAUGCCGGGUUGUAUCCGGCGAGCCAGCGAAGGCUCCCCGGAGUGAACAUACCCGAGGACUGGGAGGUGGAUGAUAGGAAGUACCUAUAUGCCCGAGGAUAUGUCAUGGAUGGGAACUUCCACGCCGAGCAAAUGAAAAUGCGCAAGCCCGAGAACGACGUACCGUUGAUGCCGGGGAAAAUGUUCAUGGUUCAUCCCGGCCCAUACGAGGAGCACCUGAGAGUAGCGAAGGACGUGAAGAUGCACUCAAGCUGCAACGACCACAAGGCGGUCUCCCAGGCCAACGCCGACCGGCAUAAGCUCGCUGUCACCGGGAUCGGCGCAACAUCUUGUUUGAGGCACGGGUGCUUCCUUCCGCACUCGGUAGUGAACUAUCAGAAGGGCGAACGUCAGAUGAACAUGGACUACUCCCUGUCCAAUGCUCUCGGCUACCGCUCGAGAGGUAUUGGGCACGUCUAUGUAUCAUACGACAUCAUGUGCCAGUACCACGUCCAUCUCCAUGACCGAUUUGACGACAAUCCUUAUCUUCAAAUGCCGGGGGGCCUCGUCCUAUACAAGUGCAUUGGCCUCUUUCACAUUCACGGGGGCCGGGGAGCUGACGGCGAGAUCAUCGAAACCCAAUGGUCGGGGAUCAAUCCCGUGUCGGGUAGUACCCGCUCAAUGUCAACAUCCCACCGGCAGGAAACCCUCGACCGGCACAUGAACAAUUGGAAUUGGAAGAAGAUGAUCACCAUGGUGGCUUCGCUGAGAAGAAAAAUCAAAGCCAAUCGGCCACUGCUGGCCGACAUGAAGGCCGACCUCACCGCGAAGGAGGCCAGUGUCGAUGCCGAGAUUUUGGGAGAGUGGAGAAGGGAACUCAGGAUAGUACAACGACGAAGGCUUCGGGAUGUGAAGGUAAUGGACAGGUAUCAAGCGAAGAAACAAAUUAUGCCUUCGCGGCUCGAACUUCAGAUUAAGCUGGCAGAAGAAGAGGGUGACGGCGGGGACCGCGUUGGCACAGCGGACUGGAUUGCCGAUGGCCUUAAGCUUGAAGAGCAACAACUCGCAAUCCAGAAAGACAUAAAGCAAAUGGGGGCCAUUGUGACGGGGGCUCAAGAGUUAAAGCUGGCCAAACGGAGGAAGCCUCUCGAGAGUCAGAUCCGGCGGUUCCACCGGCGAGCGGCUGCAAUUCACCGAAGGCAUGACUGGGGCGUGGCAGAGGAGGAAGCAGUGGAUGACGACUCGGCUGCGGAGUGGGAAGACGAUCCCAACGAUCCCCCAGCACAUGCCGACAAUCCAUGGUCGAUCUUUCCCAGUAAACCGCCCGCACCAUACCCAGUGAAGGCGGCGGAACAUACCAAACUCGGGCUACCUUCGAAUUUCACUCGGAAUGCUCUUACCGCCAAUGGAUUGCAACGGUUGGCCGCGCACGAGCUCACUCUGCGGCGCGGACAAGCAAAUGAUGCCUUGCAGCAGCUUCGGAUUCUCAUCGGCAAGAAAUCGUUUGAGUUCCAGACAACCAUUCGGCACGGGAGGAAAGAUGGCAACAAGAAGCGCACCCGAUCCUUCACCAAGUUGGGUAAACUCGACCGAGCUGUACAGCUUCAAGCCGCAAUCUAUCGCCGGGCCCGAGCGGCCAUGCAAGUGCUCGGCCUGUCUGCAGAGGAUCAAGCUAAAUAUCAGCAGCUCACCCCAGACGAUCUAAAGACAGUAACCGCCAUUGCUGAGCCCAACAAGGCCGGCCAACGGCACAAGUCCCCCUCGUGGAUAUGGAAUGUUAACGUCGGUGGCGACAUACGGAGCAAUGACGAUUGGGAAUCAUUCACAGGGUACAGUGGUUCCAUGCCCGUUCAAAGGUGA